AUGGUGUGUUGGAACAGCGAGAAGCCUGGGCAUAUGAAAAGCGAAUGCCGAGCACCAAGGAAGGACAAAGAAGGCCGGACAACCAAUGUUGCGACGGAGGACACGGCGGAUGCACUCUUGUUGAGUGUGAGAAGCUCGCUCGAUGACUGGAUCGUGGAUUCAGGGGCAUCGUUUCACUCUUGCAGUAGCAGAGACAUCAUGAAGCCAUACACCGCAGGAGCUGUCUCACAAUCGCACUUGUGGCACAGUCGCUUGGGCCACAUGAGCGAGAAAAGAAUGAAGGUACUAAAGUCGAGAGGACUUUUGCCCGAGUUGGAGUCAGUGGACGUGGGUCUCUGCAAGCAAUGCGUGCUUGGAAAGCAGAAGCGAGUGAGAUUCACAACCACCGGGAGAGCUCCAAAGACAGAAAAGCUGGAGCUCGCGCACACUAACUUAUGGGGGCCAGCACCGGAGGAAUCAGAUGGGACGAAGCGAUACAAGGCCAGACUUGUAGUAAAGGGAUUCCAACAGAGAUAUGGUAUUGACUUUACUGACGUUCUUACUCCUGUUGUUAAGUCAACCACUAUUCGUCUAGUGUUAAGCAUGGUAGCAGUGGAAAACUUGGACUUGCAACAGUUAGAUGUAAAGACGGCCUUUCUGCAUGGGGAUCUCGAGGAAGAAAUUUACAUGGUGCAGCCAGAGGGGUAUAGAGGAAAUGAUCAGCAGGCCUGCCGCCUAAAGAAGAGUUUGUAUGGACUCAAACAGGCUCCUCGACAGUGGUAUCGAAAGUUCGAUAAUUUCGUGCUGGAGAUUGGAUACUCCAGGUGUAAUGCUGAUCACUGUUGCUAUGUGAAAAGGUUCGGUAACUCUUUCAUUAUUUUACUGCUAUAUGUGGAUGACAUGCUGAUAGCAGGAUCAGAUGUCAAGGAGAUCGAGAGGCUCAAGGAUCAUCUAUCAAUGAGAUUUGAUAUGAAGGAUCUAGGAGAAGCGAUACAGAUACUGGGCAUGAAAAUCACGAGGGACAGGAAUGCUGGUAAACUUUGGCUUUCUCAAUCUGAUUAUAUUGAGAAGGUGUUGUGCAGAUUCAAAAUGGAUAUUCCAAAGCCGAUUGAAGUGCCAUUGGGAAGCCAGUUCAAGUUGUCCAACAAGGAUUCGCCCAAGGAUGACUCUGAAAAAGAAAGGAUGAGAGUUAUGCCAUAUGCUUCAGCCAUCGGGAGCCUAAUGUACGCUAUGGAGGUGGUAAAGUGGAUCCUUAGGUACCUGAGAGGUACUAAGGACCGGGCAUUGGUAUUUGGCAGGGGUACCCUUACCCUGUCUGGGUUUGUCGAUGCUGAUUUUGCAGGAAGUGAUCAUGACAAGAGGAGGAGUACUACUGGGUACGUGUUCACAUAUGGCGGGACGGCCGUAUCCUGGAUCUCAAAGCUGCAGAAGAUAGUCACAUUGUCAACAACGGAAGCUGAGUACGUGGCAGUGACGGAGGCAGCCAAGGAGCUCGUUUGGCUGCAAAACUUCCUGAAUGAACUUGGGAGACCUCAGGAGGAUGUGGCUCUAUGCAACGAUAGCCAGAGUGCAAUCCAUCUGGCAAAGAAUCCCGCGUUUCACUCGCGAACGAAGCACAUCAAGGUUAAGUAUCAUUUCAUUCGACAACUUCUAGAGAAGAAGAUGCUGCAGCUAAAAAAGAUUCGGGGAGAUAUUAAUCCUGCAGAUAUGUUGACCAAGGCGAGGGAUGAUCAUAAACGUGUCGAGGUGACACAAAGCGCCAUUCGGCUGAAAGACCGCAUAGGGCAAGAAAACUAUCGAGGAAACCCUCUGAGGCAGUGA